GGGGACCCUCAAAAGAAGGGAGAUUGGAAAUAAGGGAAGCAGUAAUCGGUGGCGUUGUGAGAGAUAGGCAUGGCGACCUGGCUUCGCCUUCGGAGAUGUAUUGCUCUCGACUCACGCUCUCUCUUCUCCGUUAGAUGCUCUUCCUCUUCUUCCGGUAAGUCCAAGGCGGAGAAGAAGCUCGUCGAUCGUAUUUCCGCCGUCAUCGACGCCGUCAACGAUCGCAAACUUCCUCCUGAGCUACGUGGCCAGCGCAACAACGUCAGGUCAGAAACUGAUAUGAUCAAUGUUGUUGAGCAAAGAAUAUGGCAUUCCAUGGAGGAAGGCCAUUUUGAGAACUUGCCUGGAAAAGGCAAGCCGCUUAAGCUUGAUACAAAUCCUCAUGCGGAUCCAGCUGAAGACACCUUAUACAGAAUCCUGUCAAAAAAUGGAUGUGCACCGGAAUGGGUUGAGCUUAACAAAGAGAUAAGAUCUAAAAUAUCUGAAUGGAGGAUAUCCUUGAAGAAAGCCUGGGCAAAUAAAUGCAGUGGAGAUCAGUCCGGGUGGGUUGAAAAUUCAGAGGCUUUGAAAUUGCAGUUACAAGAAAUCAACAAUAAGGUUUUCCGGUAUAACCUCAUUGUGCCUUUUGGUAGGCAAAUGAUUGGCCUUAAGUGGGAGAAAGAGCUAGGUUAUUUAGAAGAAUAAUGAAAUUCAUUGUCGUUAUUUAAAUUUGAGCCUGUAGGUAUACUAUUGCAGAAGAUCAAAAUCUGUUAUUUUCUUGAAGGGGGUGGUCAUGUCGGGUGAUUAAUCAACUGGCUUAAGUCGUUUAAUUCAAUCGUUGUUGGUUACUUUUAUUUCCUAGACUUAGGCUAGCGAAUGUCAUUGUUGCUGGUUAUGAUACCUCUUUCAGGUUUAGUAUGGCUGUAUUUAUAUGGUUUAUUACCUCCGAUCAGUGUUCUUACUUCCUGCCUUUUCAAUGUACAAACCUCGGGGAACAGAAUAAAAUAAAUAGGGAAAAUGUAUGAGAACACAACAAGUUUUGCACUGCUUGUCAUGAAAAUUGUACUAUACUGUCCAUGCCUUGUGUUGAUUGAAAUGCUAUAUUUACAGAAGGCAAUUGUAAUUCAAGUUCAGUGAACAGUAUUUGUUGUAACUACUGGAUGACUGGGUUGAGAAUGAGUGAGAGCUCUUUCAAUGGCGGUCCGAUUCUGUAGAAUCAAUUGGCCAUUGAUAUCCAGGCAUGCUCAUAGAAAUUCAUAGCAUUAACUGUAUAAGGAUUCAAACA